UAUGAUUUCUAUUAACAUAUAUUAUAUAAACAUUUAACCCUAAAAUGUUUAAGUUUAGGUUGAACUUGAUAAAAGCACUUUAGUAAGGGAGCUAUUUGAACUCUUCUAAACGACUUAUAAGUAAUUACAAAUUAGAUAUUGAUAGUAUUUAAGAUCCUAUUGAUUAAUGGACUUGUUUUUCUUCUAUUAGAUAGUUAUACUUAAAAACAAAUGAUCAGGUUGGAUUUUGUUAGAAUGACACUUUAACAAUUAAUACAAAAUUUAUUCCUCCUCAAGAGCCAUAAAAAAUUUUCAUUAACCUUUAUAUUAAUAUCACAGAUGGCUAAAUGAAAAAAGCAUUUCAAAUAUAAGUGGAACAAAAUAAUUCUCUUGAGGAAUUAGCCUAAUCUAUAUUAGCUUAUUGUUAAUUAUCAAACUUGUAGUACAAAUAUAAUUAACUAGUCUAGAAAUGUAGCAACAGUUGAUCUUUUCCUAUUUAACUAACCUUAUAAUGAUAAAAUUAAGAGACAAAAAACAUUAAAAGAAUUACAACUUAAAAGUGAUAUCACAAUAGAAGCCAAAAUUCGAUGGAUAGGAGGUUUAUGA